UUUGCUUAAAUAAUUGAAGGUUUUUUGGUUUUGUUUGUUCGCAUUUUAUUUAGAGGGACAAGAAGGAUUAGUGACCUGAAAGCAUAGAUGCAAAGAAACCUACGUGUAAAAGAGACAAAGUGGGAUUAUAGUGUGCCGCCUCGUGUCUAAACUAUUUUUGUGGCUUUUUAGCUAACAAUUGGUUCAAGAGUCUUUUAGGAUUUGCAACUGGAAAUUACUCUUAAUUUAAUUUCUCCCUGAAUCACGUCUCACUGCAGAAGAAGACUUCAGACACAGUACUCUUGUCAUGAGGAUAGCCACUUCCUUCUAAGUGCAUUAUGUGCUGUGCAAUACUUUAAAGUAUAUUAAAACUAAUUCAUGAGGAGAGGAUUUCAAUAUUAUUUCUGAUUCUGUAAUUGUCUUAACAUGUAAGGCAGACAAGGGAAUUAGUACUGUAAUGGAAUUACCUCUCAUGAAUAUCUUACUAAUCUGAACAAUUUUUCUGGGGUUUGCACAAAUAAUUUCCUUUCUAAUUUUGUUUGUACUGCUUUUAAAAGCUUUACUUACAGAUAGUAAAGGGAGAAUCCCCAAACUUAUCAUUCUUAGGGUUCAUAAAAUUCCUUCAGAUGCAAAAUAAAAUGAUUUAAGCCAGGAAAUUCAAAAUUAAGGCUGAAACUACAUUACAGCCUUGGCAUUCAGUUCUGCCCAGGUAUUAGCAACAGCUCACAAUAUACCUUGUACUACAGUAGCACCUAGAGCGGGGUGGGCAAACUACGGCCUGUGGGCCAGAUCUGGCCCCUUAGGGCUUUGGAUCCGGCCCAUGGGAUUGCCCCCCUGUGGUGCCACAGUCUCCAUGCCACUCUCAGAAGUGACCGGCACCACUUCCCUGUGGCUCCUGGGUGAGGGGGGGUGGAGAGCUCUGUGCGUUGCCCUUGCCUCCAGGCAUCGCCCUCCACAGCUUCCAUUGGGUGGGAAUGGGGAACCGCAGCCAAUGGGAGCUUCGGGGGAGGUACCCGGAGGCACGGCAAGGGUAGCGCUUCCUGGAGCUGCACGGGGCUGGGGACAGGGCAGGAGUGAAGGGAGCCUGCCCUGGCCCCGGUGCGCACCGCUGUCACCCGGAGCCGCUUUAGGGAGUAGAGAAAAGCUCCAAAGAGCUCCUCUGAAAGCAGCAAGGACAAUAGACUCAAUACCGCAGGUCAGAUACAGCAAAGUGGGCUGGAGACUGGCAACUCAUGCGUGAACUGGAGAUGAACUGGUAUCUGAAAAUAUGUAACUUAUCCUAUGAGCAUACGAUCUCGUACACUACUGGAAUGCCUCACAGAAAUCUUGGGAAAUCUGGACUAAGAGUUUCAUGCCUGGGCCUUGGGACAUGGGUCACAUUUGGAGGUCAAAUUUCAGAUGACGUUGCUGAACAGCUAAUGACAAUCGCUUAUGAGAGUGGAGUAAAUCUGUUUGAUACAGCGGAGGUGUACGCAGCUGGAAAGGCUGAGGUGAUUCUGGGAAGCAUAAUCAAAAAGAAGGGCUGGAGGAGAUCCAGUCUGGUCAUAACAACAAAACUCUACUGGGGUGGAAAAGCUGAAACAGAAAGGGGACUUUCAAGAAAACACAUCAUUGAAGGAUUAAAGGCUUCUCUCCAGAGACUGCAGCUCGAGUAUGUGGAUGUUGUCUUUGCAAAUCGACCAGAUAAUAAUACCCCCAUGGAAGAAAUUGUCCGAGCAAUGACACAUGUGAUAAACCAGGGGAUGGCAAUGUACUGGGGAACCUCACGCUGGAGUGCUAUGGAGAUCAUGGAAGCCUAUUCUGUAGCAAGACAGUUUAAUAUGAUUCCACCAGUAUGUGAACAGGCUGAAUAUCAUCUUUUCCAGCGAGAGAAAGUGGAGGUUCAACUGCCAGAAUUGUACCACAAAAUAGGGGUUGGAGCAAUGACAUGGUCUCCACUUGCCUGCGGGAUCAUCUCCGGGAAAUAUGGAAAUGGGGUUCCUGAGAGCUCCAGGGCUUCACUGAAGUGCUACCAGUGGCUAAAGGAAAAAAUUGUAAGUGAAGAAGGAAGAAAACAGCAAAUAAAGCUGAAAGACCUUUCCCCAAUUGCAGAUCGUCUUGGAUGCACACUACCUCAGCUAGCAGUUGCAUGGUGCCUGCGAAAUGAAGGUGUGAGUUCUGUUCUUUUAGGAUCUUCCAAUCCAGAGCAACUGAUAGAAAAUCUUGGAGCCAUUCAGGUUCUUCCAAAGAUGACAUCACACGUUGUAAGUGAAAUAGAUACUAUUCUAGGGAAUAAGCCCAUCAGCAAGAAGGACUACCGAUCAUAAUGCAAUGCAUGGUUACACAGGACAGCAUGGUUAAAAUAGUGCUCUGUAUAUAGUACAGUACUGAAUUAAUAUCCAGUCAUUAGAAUCAUGCAGCUGCUUGCUGCUCAGUCUCUACUGUUACUGGAUUUUUCAAAGGUGUGUGCUGUUGCUACCAAUCUGCAGUAAAAUUCAAAAGCACAGUUGAUCUCUCAUACAACUGAGAAUAUUCUUUGUAUUUUCUUAUCUCUGACUAAAGUCAUUGACUCUUAAUUUUCUCUUAGCACCUCAUGCUUAUGCAGUGAAAUACACAUAUCAAGCAAAAAAACAAAACAAACUAUUUAUAUCCUUUAGGUACUUGGUAAUUAAAGAAGGAUGUACAGAUAUAUUUUUUCAAUGAACAAAAACAAAAGUUACAGUUUUAGUAAAAAUGCAUUCUAAGAAAUUUCAACUAUAAAAGUUCUUCAGCUAGAUCAUAGAAUGAGCUAGUUCAAAAUUUUCAAAUGCAAUUUUUGUAUAGGCUUUAGGCUGUAGCUGAAAAAGGACCUUACAGUAAAAAGUCAGAAAAUUAAUUACUACAUGGUUCAGCUUCUAAAUAGUCCAGUUAAAAAUUUUGCAUAUUGAAUGUGCUCAGCUAUUUAUUAUAUAAUUCACAGUUGCUGUAAAAUAUCAAAAAAACAGGUAUUUGUUUUGGUGAAAGGUUACAUUUGCUCUGACUGUAUCCUGGAAAUCAGCCAUAAGUAGUGCUUCUGACAAGGUAUUUUUAAACAAUGAGUUUUGUGAAAGUAUUUCAUCCUUACACAGGAAACACUGGUACAUUUAUCAGUUAAUCUCCUCAUUUUAAGAACAGCUUCAUAAAUACAGUAACCUCACUUUGCUUUGUAAAAUGCAUUUCCUAUAACUUCAGUAAGUCUAUUUUGCACAUGUAUGCAUACAUAUACAUUUCCUAAAGACUAUGGUUUUGUACAGUACAUAUAGGAUCCUUGUAUAACAUGUUUCCUAACUUCAUAGCGUAAGAGUGUUGCACACAUUUUUCAGAUGACACAUGAACAGAACAUAGAUACUGAUAUUUUUAAAGUUAAAAUGUUUGUCUUCUAUUUCAUCCAAUGAUCUAUGAUAAGUGUAAAUGAACUUAGCUUCUGUAUAUCAGAACCGCAAUCUAACUUCUGCUUGUACACAAUAAAAGCAUUUUGUGCAUCCAACCUUAUAACUAGAACAUUUAUUACAAUCAAUCAGUGAUUUUGUUUUUGGACAAGAAUACACAUACAUUACGCUCAGAAGCAAGGUGAAAACAAUUUUGCAAGAUCCAUAAAAAUAUUAAAUGAGAUUUCCCAUUGAAACGAAUGAGAUAUAAAUUAUGUCUUUGGCCCACCAAGAUCUUGCUACUUUUUCAGUGAUCAGCUAUCCAAAAGAGGGCACAUGGGGAAGAAAAAAGCCAUUAUUAUUAGAUGAUGAGGGGGACAUCUUGUACAGUAUGUUUCACCCACAGCUGUUUACUGAUCAGUGCCACAUGCUUAAAAUGUUUGAUGCAUAUUUUGUUGAUAAGACCUAUUUAAAUAAGAAGCCAAGAAAUGCACUGAUUUAACUCUUGUGUGAAAUGGAAGGGCUUCAGGAGUUAGUAUACCUUACAAAGGUGAAAAAGUGAAAUGCACUCUUGUGCUGGGUACUGACUGAACUAGUCCCUUAUUUCUGUACCAGUCCCUUUUCUCUUUUAGGACACAUUCCUUAUGUUUCCCUCUCAGUCAUACAUGAAUCCUGCACACUCUCUGUGUAAGCCAAUUAAGAAUUCUUACCUGUUAUAGAGAUUAAUGUAAUAGAUACUCAUUAAAAAGGGAGAUGGCACUGUCCAUUAUUAAGAGAGAAAACUAAUAUGAAGAGUCAAGUAGUCUAAUAAUUUGGCAGAUAGCAAUGAGAUGCCAAGAAAAACAACUUUUAGGCUAACUUUCACUCUACUUUUGGAAUUGGGAGCAUCUCUAAGCCAGCUGUCAGGGGCUGGAGGAGAGGUAGGUUACAGUAGCAUACAACCUUUGUCAUUUUAGACACUCCUACCAUCUCUGUGAUUUAUAGACACUGAUCUCCUCUGAAGGGAAAUAGAGAGAUAGGGAAACACUUAUGCAAGCAUGACAGGAUUUGGAAAAAAUGAUAAGGGUUUAAAUUAAGAGUCCAGAAAUUAUUUGGGUUUCAAAUAUUUGUUAAGCGUCUUAUCCUAUAACAUCCUAUAAUUCUCAGGAGAAACUCUGACAUGACAAAGAUGGUCUCCAGGCUUUAGAAACAUAACCAUUCCAAAAAAACUAAGCUAAAGAGAAAAGUCAGUAAAAUAUUCAAUGAGCUGACAGUAACAGCAUUUCAUUGUUGAUAACCUGUCACCUAGAGAAAAAUAUCAGCAACUUCCUAAAAGGCUGAAAGUCUAGGUCCCUCUCCUGCAAAUACAUGUUCUUAACUAUGCAUCUGAGUAUUGUAGUCCCAUUUAAAAGUCAGUGGUACUACUUGUGUGUUGGAUGGAUUAGGGCCUAAAAUGUAUUCAAUUUUUUGAAAGACAUCUUUCUGCAGCAGCACAAAAAACCAAAAACAAUCCAAUUUUUUCCCCCCUCUGAAAGUCAUCUUUACGCUUCUCCCUGUAAAAUACUUAGACAAACCCUGCAUACUCUAAGGCAAGCCAGACCCAAUACCUGCCACACUCUGGGACUGCAAGCUAGAAACUCUGGAGAGGCUUUAUUAAAAAGGCAGUUACUCUUCCUUGUAGAUGGAAAUAUAGCAUAGUAUCACAUCUCGUAUUUCAGUAUUGCAUUUUAUUUUAACCUGUUCCUAUGUUCAGUUUUUACGAUGCCACAGAUUUGUAUAGGCAACACAGCCAUUGUGUUAGCUAUAAGUUUUGGUAUGUGGGAGGGCGGGGUUGGGGGGGAAGAGGAAAGCAAUUGGAGCUUUAAGCAAGUAGCAGAGCAGUUUGGGGUUCUUGACUAGGGACGUUGGUAGGAAAAUCUAGACUAUCCCCAUCCCCAGUUAAAAAGGGGUUAAAGACAUCCACUGGGCAGUCAGCCCCAAUCCAGCACACCUGUGAGGUGUGUCAAACCUGGAAAAGGGCAGGUCCUCUAAAAGGGAGGAUCCCAGCUCAGCUGGAGGUGGCACACUGAUGGAGCAGGGUGUCAGACUAGGGACUUGAGACCACUUCAGACCCUUGGUUGCCCAGGACUCUUCAGAAAGGAGAGUGGGUGGUUUAUUUUCUUCCUUUGCUUUCCCCAAACCCUGGACUCUGCCUUUUGUGAGCUCCUGACUUUCAUCUCGACUACUUUACCUCUUCCCCCACAUGUACACUGGAAAGGAGACAAAUGUCCUGGGCAACACUGCUGGAAGACUCCAGGACAACCCCUCAGCAAUACCAUGGUCAAGGAUACAAGAGCACUACCCUUUUUCCUUUGUCCCCAGGGGUGCCAGGAAGGUAUAAUCUACUACAGUUAAAAUACUGACAUUUUCAUUAUCAGCUUUAGGUUUGACUUAACCCAUUCAUCCCAAUAGGUUAAUUCACAUUCACAGCUGUUUCAGGAUAUUUUCCAACAGAACUUUCUUUAGGGUUAUUUCUGGGUCAUACUUUCAAGGUUCUUUGCUAGACCAGGGACUUGGUUUAUUUUAAAAAGCAACAUGGAAGCUUUUACUCUGAAGCACAACUCCACAGGGCAAGGUG